AUGAAAAGUGAUAAAAUCAAUUAUCGAAUUCAUGUAUUUUUUGUUUCAAUGUAUUUAUUCAUAACCACAGUAAUACUCACAUUAUUAUUUGACUUUUUUGAUUUAAAGUCAGAUGGACCAAUUAAUUCGUCAAUCUAUAAUGUAGCAUCAUUCUUAACAUCUUCUUUAAAUCACUUCUUUCAAUUUACAUAUUUCUUUGUUGCACUUGAAGUAAUUAAUAAUUAUAUUGAUAAAUCACUUUAUAAUAAACCAACACUAUUUAUUGUUUGUAGAAAGAUUAAUCAAGUAUGUUAUGUAAUAUUAUUAAUUAUAAUUAAUCCAUCUUUUGGAUUCUUUUUUUAUGGUUAUUCUAUAAAAACACAACCAGCAAUUGAUAUUUUAUUUGACUGUGGAUUUCUUUGGCAAUAUUAUUGUGUUUUAACAAUAUUUUAUUGUAUUAUUAUGUUUAUCUCAUGUAUUAAUGCAAUAAUAUUAUCAUAUAUGACUAAAGAUGGAAUAAGUUAUUCAGGAAUUUUAUUAUCACCACUCAAAACAAUGGUUUGUGUUGACAUUGUUUCAGUACUAUUUUUGAUUCAAUCAUCUUUAAGGUUUAUUUCAAAUUUUUAUAUGAUAGUAAGUGCACAAACAUCAAUUCCAAGAAGUUUUACUGAUGAAUUUAAUACUUGGGUUCAAUUUGUUGUGAUCUGUAUAGUUCAUUUCCCUACUAUGUUUAUAUUGAUCAUAUUAUUGACUCCAUUUACUAAAACAGCCAAAUUUAAUAUGAAAGGAUAUUAA